UUAGCAGUUGGUGUAUUAUUCUUUAUAUUUCUUUAUUCUUCCUAUGUAUCUAUCUAUCUACUUAGACAUGCACAAAAUCUCUAUAAACUUUUCAGAAAAAUGGCUAAAAAUUUUGAAAGAAAUUCUCAUUUCAUCAACCAGCACAAUAGUAUUCUUCUUCCUCGAUUUUCUCGACGUUCUUUUCUGCAUACUGUUCAAGUUUAUGGAUGAAUUCUUGGAAGGUAAAGGUUCUCAUUGUUACUGUUCCAUUGAUGAUAAUGAAGCCAGUGAGUUUUCCAGUAGCAGUCUUUAUAAACGGGGGAACUUGUUUAGGAGAAAUAAUGUUGUUAGGAGGAGAAAAAUGAAUGAGAAUGUGAGAUGGUCUGAUUGUUCUUGUGUGAAUUGUGUUUCAUGGAUGAGAAAUGCUGCAGAAGAGUUGAAGCUUCAUGUUGUUGUCAAAGAACCAGAACGAGCUAACGCGCAGGAUUUCAAAGGCAAGAAAGCGGAAAAUAUAGUAUUUUUACAUGGCUUUCUCUCAUCUUCCUCAUUCUGGAUAGAGACAAUUUUCCCUAAUGUAUCUGAAGAUGCAAAGAAGAAGUACAGAUUGUUUGCAGUUGACUUAUUGGGAUUUGGAAAAAGUCCAAAGCCAAACAAUUGCUUAUACACAAUUAAAGAUCAUGUGGAAAUGAUUGAGAGUUCAGUGAUUCAUCCAUUUGAAUUGAAUUCAAUUCAUAUAGUUGCACAUUCAAUGGGCUGUGUGGUGGCAUUAGCCUUAGCUGCAAAACAUUCUCACUCAGUCAAAUCAAUCACCUUGAUAGCACCACCUUACAUCACUUCAACAAAGGAGGAUGUUAGUUUAACAGCACUAAACAAACUUGCAGCAAGAAGAUUGUGGCCGCCUUUGUUAUUUGGUUCAUCAUUUAUGUCUUGGUAUGAACACCUAGGUCGAUGUAUAUGUUACAUCAUCUGCAAACACCACAGAAUUUGGGAAGGAAUCCUCAAGUGGCUCACUUGGAACAGGAACCUACAUUUUAUGGCCAUUGACUUGACUAGACACACUCAUCAUUCAGCUUGGCAUACAAUGCAUAAUGUGAUAUGUGGUGGAGCAAAGUUUAUGGAUAAAUAUUUGGAAACUUUAACAUUAGCCAAGGUGAAAAUUAAUGUUAUUCAAGGUAGUAAGGACCAAGUAGUGCCAGUGGAAUGCAGCAACAAUGUAAAGAUGAAAGUGCCUGAUGCUGAGGUGAAAAUUGUUGAUAAUGCACAUCAUACUUCUAUAGUCAUAGGUAGAGAAAAAGAUUUGUGUGAUGAUUUAGAGGAGUUAUGGGGGUCACAAUAUGUUAGAAAUGGGAAUUCAACUUCUUGAUUUUGUUUUGUAUGAAGAAAUAAUUUUUGUUUUUGUAGAGGCAUUGUUUCAAGUUGUGAAAUCUAAAAUGUGUACGGCAAUUUCCACGU